AUGAGCUCCUCAACGCCCCAGGCGGGGUUAACAAAUGCCGCCUCCGUCUCCGCCUCAGACGGCGUCAUCUCCUGGACUACUUCUAAUGGCAAAGACGAAGCAAAAUACCAAAACAUAGUCUUUGUCCUCGAUCUCUCAAAAUCUCGCAGCCCCAAACCGGGCUACAUAAUAGCGCUCCUGGUGGAAGACGCCCAGAAUACAAAGAAUCCCUUCCGGCUGCUCCUCCUGUCAGCGGAUGCCGUCCCCAAUGACCUCCGGCCGUACCACCUCAGAGGCCUGCCUGACCACCUACGACCUGUAAAGGGGAAACAAGACGUUGACAUCGUCGUGUCGACAAAAUCAGGUGUUGGUUUGUCGCUGAAAUUCUGGGAGGAUGUGCUGCGGCCUCUUUGGGAUGUGAUUGAGGAACACUCUCCUGAAGAACCAAGCCGAGAAUCACCAAACAUCCUCAUCACUCAAAAUGCCGACAGUGUCCGGAAUUUUGCGCGAAGAAUCGGCGGCUCUGAUGGCAGCAAUCAAUUCAGGACAAUUGUCCUCUUGAGCGGAGACGGCGGCAUCGUAGAUCUCAUCAACAGCGUCCCCCACGACGCCUCGUCCUCCUCGUCUGAGCAGCGACAACUACUCCUAGCUCUUCUCCCCCUGGGCACAGGCAACGCCCUCUUCCACUCCCUCCACAAGCCCCUCUGGGCAUCCGAGGGCGGCAGCAAGACGGAAGAUGCGUUGCCCCUGGUGCUGGGUCUCAGAACGCUCUUCAACGGCGUGUCCGCAAACCUGCCUCUCUUCCGCGCAUCCUUCUCCCCCGGAUCCCGCAUCGUAAAGUUCACCCCUACGACCACAGAGGAAUCCCUAGCAAACGACGACAACGCCAAGGACGACAAUGACGCCAGCAAAGCCCUGCACCUCACCAAACAGGAAACCCAAGUCUCGCAUCUCUUCGGCGCAGUGGUCGCAAGCUACGGCUUCCACUCCAGCAUCGUCUACGAGAGCGACACCCCCGAGUACCGCGUCCACGGCGACAAGCGCUUCGGCAUGGUCGCCCAAGAGCUCCUCCGCGAAUCCCACCCUUACAGCGCACAGGUCUCAGUUCGCUACCCCUCUGCUGCGAAAUGGGAGAGGUUCGACGGCGUCGAGCACGCGUAUGUCCUCGUGACGCCGCUCUCCAACUUGGAGCGCACGUUUACGAUUUCGCCCGCGAGCAAGCCGUUGGAUGGCAAGCUCCGGCUGGUGCACUUUGGCCCCGUGGGAGGGGAGAGGACGCUGGAGUUGAUGAUGAAGGCGUAUGAUGGGGGGAAGCAUGUUGGUGCCAAGUGGGAUGAUGGGCACGAGCUGCGGUACGAGGAGGUGGAUGAGUUGAGGGUCACAGUCUUUGAAGACGACGAGAGGUGGCGCAAGGUUUGUAUAGAUGGGACGAUUGUGGACAUUCCAAAGGGGGGGGAGUUGGCUGUUCGAAAGGAGGAGGAGAGCGGAUUCAAGAUUCUAGUUGAUCAACGGGUGCUGCCGAGCAAGUUGGAGUAAUACGUUCGGAGAUUGAUAGAGAUUUUGGAAUACAGCAGGUUCAGUUAGCCGUUGGAAUAGAUGAGGGUAUAUGGUUUG